UGGCAGGUGCUGUUAGACAGUAGACGAUCAGGAGGGUGAACUGAAGACGACAGUGACAUGGAUAGACUAAGCAUAAUUUCUGGGGCUCUGUUUUUUACAGCAGAUGUCUUCGCUGUUAUAAGCCUUGCAUUGCCGAACUGGAUUGUGUCAGAUAUUGGCGGCCGGACGUAUAUCGGUUUGAUGGAGUCUUGUCUGAGUAACUAUAAUCAACCUCAGACAUGUUUCACAACAAGUCCUUUGAGACUUGAAUGGCUGCUGACGUUUGUGUGCAUUAUCCUGGGCAUACAUUGUAUAACAGCUACCAUCAUUCUGCUGAUCAUGUCACACUGGAAAUAUCGAAUCAUGAAACAUGCUCGAUGGCUGGGAUUUAUAGCAAUGGUUCUUUUCUGUAAAGCUGCAGUGAUUUUCCCCAUUGGUUUCAACAUGGAACAGAUUGGAGGAAAGGCUUACCAGCUCCCAAACAAUUACCAAGUGGGAAUCUCUUACAUAUUCUUCGUACUAGCACUUUGGAUAACAGUUGUCUCUGAACUCUUUGCUAGCAAAGUUUGUCUGCCUCAUUUUUAAGUUUAAGUUGUAGUUAUUUUAUCUUUUGCGCUGUCAACAUCUGAAAUGUUUAUGAUAGUAUAUUUUUGUUGUGAUCACAAAGGCCAAGUACAAAAAUUGUCAGUUUCCUUAAAUGUUUAUUUUCAUUACAGAAUUUUUAUUUCUAAAAAAUACUUUAAGCUAGGAAUUGUAAGAAAAAAAACCUGAAGUAUAAAUAUAUUAUAUUUGAAAUAGACUUUUUAAAUACAAAUAUAUCUGAAAAAAAUGCAUUUCAAAAGUAUAUUGAUGCAUGGAAUGAAUUUAUAAUCCCAGUUUUACUUACAAGGAUGGUACAUGUAGAUUACAGUGAACUCUGCGAUGUUGACGUGUGAGAUUAUAUAUUCUUACAUUAGAUAUAUACUUAUUUAAUAUACAUUUUAUAAGGAUAUGAAAGAAAUUGGGAUCUUCAGGUCAGCACAUGUGAAUAUGUCUGUCGAAUUUAACUCCCUGUGCUUUUAUCAUUAAAUGAGGAAAAAUCCUGAGACUUUCAAAGAGAAUUACGUAAAACUUAGUGAAGACUGUUGUGAUCUUUCAAACAUUUUAUUUCUUAUUUUUUUUUUUUUUUAAUUUUUUAUAGAAAAUUGUUAGUUGUAAUCUUCCUUUCACAGAGGAAAAAAAUCUACUUUUGUCUUAAGUAUAUAUUAGGCAACACAUUUUGUAUGUUCUGAAGGUUUUCUUAGUACAGUAUAUAGAUCUGUAUGAUAUGAUGUAAAGAUAGUAAUUUCAUGUAUUUAUCAAUAUCAGACAAUAAUUUUAUAUUAACUUUUAAGAAACGAUAUUACAAUGUAAUGCAAUAAAGGGAGAUAACAUAUUAUUCUCAUUUAAGGUGUAAUGACACCUAUUUUGUUGUUAGUUAGUUUAGAAAAUUAAUGUGUACAUUGUACUUAAUCAGCAUUUAAUGCUGGUUUGAAUAUCUUAAGAAUCAUGUCCCUCUUUAUAAAGCAAUUUGUGACUAAUUUUUGUAAUUAUCUCCCCUUAUGUACUUAAUUGUUUUAUAUCAAAAUGUGAUACUCAUAGCCAAAACGUUGAAAUAAAGCUAUAGUCUUGAAAUUGUUGUAAGGGCUGGAAAUGUUGACUUACUCAUUUCAAUGAUGUUAUAAUUUGUAAACUUGUUAACAUACAGAACUAGUGCUGUUUGGAUUAUCAGUUUUUAAUAGAAAACACUGGCUUUUUUAUCGAUAGGUAUAUGUUGAAGAGUUGUAUCCCUUUCAUUACUUAUUUUAGAUCAUGCCAAUAUGAUUAAUUUGCAACUGUUUUAUCAAGAUAUUU